AUGGCGAAAACUGAGGCAUCCACCGGAAACACGACAGAUUUUGGUGACUUCGUGAAGGAUGAAGAAGAGGAGCUUGAUCUCGAAGAGCUUGUUGAGCCAUGGCAUAGGUACGAAACAGAGGAGAACCAAAAUGUCCUCUAUCCCAUUCGCCUUGGGGAAUUGCUCAACGAGAGAUACCUGGUUGAGCAUAAACUUGGCUUUGGUGGUGGCUCAACUGUCUGGAUGGCGUUUGACCUGCAAGACAAGAAAAACGUAGCCCUCAAAGUCAUGGCCCUAGGGAAAUGGGGCGACAACGAAAUUCGAAUCCAGGACGAGAUUAUCAAAACGGUACAGGAUAUCUCUCGCCUGGUUAUAUAUGGUGCGACUUUCUUUCUACCCCGAGACGAUAAAAGCUACCAUAGGGUCUUGGUGUUCCCCAUGAAAGGGCCAUCCAUCUGCACCCUUACCUUAAAAACGACUCCAAUGGCCUCUCGUAUGUCUGCUGCUCGACAGUUACUGGAGACCGUGGCAAGUUUACAUAAAGCUGGAAUCAUACAUCGCGGUGAGCCGACAUCCUCUUAUUUUGUUUUCUUAUAUACUAAGAGAAAUGAUGUAGAUUUGAAUGCAAGGAACUGUAUGUGGGGAAUGACUCCUGUCGAUGAUCUCAGCAGAAGCGCCAAGUAUGAGUUACUCGGUCGGCCUUUGAAGCAGAUAAUACCAUUUGUCAAUCUCUGGAAACAGGGCGAGCUUGUGAGCCCUGUCAAAGUUCCUGAAGACCUUCGAACAGAAGAAUUCUAUCUCUGUGAUUUUGGUUUAGCAAAGAAAAUUGGCGACCUCACCACUCAACACGGCUACCCACCUAUGCAUUAUUGCUCUCCGGAUCGACUUCAUCAGCAAGAGCCAAGUUUCGCUUGCGAUAUGUGGAGCUACAUGGCUAUUUUCUCUAUGCUCUACCUUACAUUUCCUCCGUUUCCCACAUUUCUCGAGGGCGGAGUUGUGAGUGGUAUGGUUGAAUGCUUAGGCCCCCUACCUGAGCAGUGGAAAGGUCUCUACACACACCCCGGCGGACUUGAUUCAUGGUAUGAUCAGUCUCAAUCUCCCGAUCUCGAAAAUGACCUUGCUGCGAAAAUUGCAUAUCAUCGUCCCGAUACUGAUCUGGUCGAGCGGCAACAUGUGCAAUCUAUCAUGUCGAAAGUCUUUAUCUACGACCCAGAAAAACGGCCGACCGCAAUAGAACUUUUGCGAGACCCUUCGUUCAGGGCCAUCAUGGACCGUUACGGGUGUGGAGACUCGAAGUGA